UCGCUCGUGUUCUUUGCUGCAACCCCGCGCCUAGCUUCGCCCGUUAAUUCUCCCACCUCUCCUCUCGCCCUUCCACACAACUCAAUCAACAAGAAACUCUCAAACACCUUCAACUAUAACUCACCAGUGCUCACUCAACAGAAAUUUACAUUCAACCUUCCUCUACCUCUACUGUUGCCUUUGAUACUCCAUCGCCAUGGCUGACCAGUUGAAAGCCGAGGGAAACGCAGCUUUCGCUGCGAAGGAUUUCGACAAAGCCAUCUCGCUAUUCACUCAAGCAAUCGAGAUCGACCCAAGUAAUCACGUCCUCUACUCGAACCGCUCCGCUUGCUAUGCGUCGAUUCGCGACUUCGAUGGUGCCCUGAACGAUGCAACUAAGACUACUGACUUGAAGCCGGAUUGGGGUAAAGGUUACUCGCGGAAGGGUGCUGCGCUGCACGGAAAGGGCGAUCUCAUCGGAGCUCUCGACGCCUACGAGCAGGCCCUGAAAGUGGAUCCCUCGAACGCCCAAGCCAAAUCCGGUCUUGCCGCCGUGAACGAGGCGAUCCGUCGGGAAGCCGAAGAAGACGGCGUGUCGUCUCCCGACCUCGGUCUGGGCCAGAUCUUCUCCGAUCCCGACUUCAUGGUGAAGCUCGCGGGGAACCCAAAGACCUCCGCGUUGCUCGCCGACCCGGGGUUCAUGGCAAAGCUGAACCGUGUUCGAAGAGAUCCCAGCGCCAUCCAGGAGGAGCUGAGGGAUCCUAGGAUGAUGCAGGUUAUUGCUGUCUUGCUCGGUAUUCAGAUGGAGAUGCCCGAGAACGCGGCGCAGGCGGCGGCAGAUAUCGCACGGGGUAAUAACAGCACAUUCGAUGCACCCAUGAGUGACGCACCAUCAUACACCGAAGCACAGCAGGAAGCACAGCAGGAAGAUGACGAUGCGAAGGCGAAAAAGGAGGCGAAGGAGCAGGCGGACAAGGAGAAGGCGCUCGGCACCGAGAACUACAAGAGGCGUCAGUUCGAUGCUGCUAUCGAGCAUUACACAAAGGCGUGGGAGCUGUGCAAGGAUAUUACAUACCUGAACAACCUCGCCGCGGCAAAGUACGAGGCUGGCGAUCUGGAGGGCUGUAUCGAAUCAUGCAAGAAGGCCAUCGAGGAGGGUCGUGAAAUGCGUGCGGACUUCAAGCUCGUUGCUAAGGCGUUCGGUCGUAUCGGAACUGCAUACCAGAAGAUGGGCGAUCUGGCCAAGGCCAUUGAAUACUACCAGCACUCGCUCACCGAGCAUCGCACUCCGGAGGUUCUCGCCAAGCUGCGCGCUGUCGAGAAGCAAAAGAUAGAUACUGAGCGGCAAUCGUACAUCGACCCGGAGAAGGCCGAGGAGGCUCGCGAGGAGGGCAACCGUCUGUUCAAGGCCGCCGACUUCGCUGGUGCCGUCAAGGCCUACACCGAGAUGAUCAAGCGUGCGCCCGAAGACCCCCGUGGUUACUCCAACCGCGCCGCUGCCCUCCAGAAGCUCAUCUCCCUCCCCGAGGCGGUGAAGGACUGCGACCUGGCGAUUAAGAAGGAUCCCAAGUUCAUGCGCGCAUACAUCCGCAAGGCCCAGCUGUUCCUUGCCAUGAAGGACUACUCUAAGUGUCUCGAUGCCUGCGACCAGGCGACUGCCGCCGACACCGAGAACAAGCACACCCGCGAGAUCGAGGAGACCAGUAGGAAGUGCAUGGGCGUCAUGUACUCCUCGCGCGACGGCGAGACCGAAGAACAGACCAUGGCCCGCAUCCAGCGCGACCCGGAGCUCGUCUCGAUCAUCUCCGACCCUAUCAUGCAGAGCAUCCUUCAACAGGCCAAGCAGAACCCGCAGGCGCUGAACGAGCACAUGAAGAAUCCCAUGAUCGGCACCAAGAUCCGGAAGCUCAUGGCUGCUGGUAUCAUCCGGAUGGGGUAAGCUAAUUGCCUGAAGAAGGGAUGUGUGCGGUUGAAUGGGCGUUGGUUGGGGUUUGUUUACGCGUUUUCUCUUUCUCUUCCUCUUUCCUUGCCUUUUCUUGCUAUGUAAUACGCAUCCUGUCUGGUCGCUGCCCUGUCUUACUUAAGCCGCGCUCACGGCAUGGUCUUUCUUUUCUGCUCCAGUGAUUCGAGGGAUGGUGCAAAGCUUGUAUCGUUGGCUGAAGUUAUCGUGAUUAUUGUUGGUAAAAAAAAGGUACCUGCUGUAUGUAAGUAGGAUAUACUCCUCUCGCCCGGUCAAUGGGUGGUACUUCCGCUGCCUACUCGAUGAAUCGAGAUCACUGUAUCAAGCGGGGAUAUAGCAUACAAGCAGUAACAAUGCUACCAGCCCUCUCUCGCC